AUGUGUGGAAGCCUGGCUUGGGGUCAGAAUGGUAACCAUGAGCGGAUCGACUUCUUGACCAGCAAAGAGAAGAAGUCGUCAAAGCGGAAAACCGGCAUCAUUGUCGGGGUUCUUUUGGCAGUUCUCGUCCUUGCAGCUGUUGCAGCAUUCCUCAUUUGGCUGUUUGUCUUUAAGGAUGAGGAUUCAGAAGCCACCCUCAGCAGGAAGCGGAGCAUGUCAACGCAGCUCUUCAGUGGGCACAUGAAGCUGACUGGUGUACCCUAUGCUCAGGAUCUGGAGGACACAAACAGCAAGGAAUUCAAAGAUUUGGCACAGAAGCUGGAGGCAGUUCUGGGGGAAACCUACAAGACAGAUCCAUUGCUGGGAGAACACUACACUAAAUCGAUGGUCACUGCGUUCAGUGAGGGUGUGAUAGCCUACUACUGGUCCCAGUUUGAUAUCCCACCCGAUGACCUGGAGAUUGUGCCUGAGUUCUCAGAGGAGCGGGUGUUGGACGCACUGGAGAGCAGCCUGAACAUGCAGCGCACCAUGGGCAACAUAAAGAUCCGUGAAGUCACCACCUCGGUCACAGAUCCUCGCAUGGCCAGGAAACCCAGUGCCACGGAGUGUUUCUUUCGCCUGGAGGCUGAAGAAAAGGGUAAGAAGUUCUCGUCUCCAGGGUACCCCAAGGGCUACCCCCCCAAAUCAAGGUGUCAGUGGCAAAUCCGAACGUCAGAGAACCAAGCCAUAUCCAUCGCUUUCCCUUUUUUCCACAUCGAGGAUGACUGCUCGGACGACUUUGUCUCCAUCUAUGACUCUCUGAGUCCCGAUGAUUCUCAGGCCAUCACGGAGAAGUGUGGUCAGAGGCCUCCCUCCAACCCACUGGAGGUGGUGUCAUCCGGCAACAUUAUGCUGAUUAGCUUGAUCACCGACUCGGACGUCCAGAGGCCUGGCUUUGAGGCAGAAUACAGAGCCAUCCCCAUGUCUACAGUGAAAACCUGCGGUGGUGUCCUCUCUGAAAAAGCAGGAGUCUUCACCUCCCCACUUCACCCCAGUUUCUAUCCUCCUGCCGUCGACUGCAAGUGGACCAUCAAGGUCCCUGAUGGGAACCAGGUGCGGGUGAAGUUCAACAUUUUCCGCAUGAAGGAGCCCGGGGUGGACAACCGUGUGUGUCACAAAGACUAUGUGGAGAUUAUGGGCACGAAGUACUGUGGAGAAACAUCCUACUUGGCUCUGACCAGUUCCAGUAACAUCAUGGAAGUCCACUUCCACUCCGACGAGUCCUACACCGAUAAAGGCUUCAGCGCCGAGUACAGCGCAUAUGAUCCCGCAAACCCUUGUCCCGACAAGUUUACUUGUAAUACUGGCAUGUGCAUCCGUAAAGAGCUGAAGUGCGAUGGCUGGAAUGACUGUGGUGAUUUGAGCGACGAGCAGAAGUGCCGUUGUGAAAAAGACCAGUUUGCUUGUGGCAACUCUUUGUGCAAACCCAAGCUCUGGGUGUGCGACCGUGUCAACGACUGCGGAGACUGGAGCGAUGAGAAAGGCUGCAGUUGUGAGGAGAACGAGUGGCGCUGUGGGGACGGGGAGUGUCUGCCCCAGGAUGUCGUGUGCGACAGUAAGAAGGACUGUGUUGAUGGAAGCGACGAGGCCUCCUGUAAAGCCUCCCCGGGUAUCUGCUCUGACUUCAGCUUCAAGUGCAGGAACAGUGAAUGUGUCAAUAAGGUGAAUGCUGAAUGCGACCGCGUCAAAGACUGCUCUGACAACUCCGACGAGGACCAGUGUGAUUGUGGCACCAGGCCUUAUAAGCUGAACCGGAUCGUCGGAGGGCAGAACGCUGAGCUGGGGGAGUGGCCCUGGCAGGUCAGCCUUCACUUCCUGACCUACGGACACGUGUGUGGCGCCUCCAUCAUCUCAGACAGAUGGCUCCUUUCAGCGUCCCACUGCUUUGUCACUGGCGAUCCAGCGAACCAUGUGGCCUCCAACUGGCAGACCUACAGCGGCAUGCAAGACCAGUACAAGCAGGAUGGCGUACAGCGCCGCCCGCUGAAGAAGAUCAUCUCCCACCCAGAUUACAACACCAUGACCUAUGACUACGACAUUGCACUGCUGGAGCUCAGCGAGCCGCUGCAGUUCACCAACACCCUCCAACCCAUCUGCCUACCGUCUUCCUCCCACGUCUUCCCGGCAGGCAUGUCCUGCUGGGUCACAGGCUGGGGCGCACUCCGAGAAGGAGGUCAAAAGUCACAGCUGCUGCAGAAGGCGUCGGUGAAAAUCAUCAACGACACGGUGUGUAACGUGGUCACGGAGGGCCAAGUCACCUCCAGGAUGCUCUGCAGCGGAUUCUUGUCAGGAGGAGUUGACGCAUGCCAGGGAGACUCCGGCGGCCCCCUGGUGUGCUUCGAGGAGAGUGGGAAGUGGUUCCAGGCCGGCAUCGUGAGCUGGGGUGAGGGCUGUGCUCGUCGAAACAAGCCCGGCGUGUACUCACGCGUCACCAAGCUGAGGCAGUGGAUCAAAGACGAGACAGGAAUUUGACAACGCUGUGAGGAAGAGGGAGGGAUGCAGAGCAGGGAACAAAGUCAGAGUGCCAAAAAUAAUGGAGAGGGGACAUUUGAGUCUGAUUCAGGACUUCAACGCUCUCCAAGAUGUUUUCAUUCAACAGCAGUAUCAGGAAACUGUUGCAUGGACCCAGCCACUCACUGCAGUGACUCAGAGCACUUUAUUUGGUUGCCAACCCCCUUUUUCACACACACAUACAUACACACACAGACAAGCAUAAACCACAGCAACCCACACUUUGUAUAUAGAUUUUAAAGGUGUAAAUCUGUGAAGUGCUAUUUGCCCACAUCAAUCACGUCAUGUUCCCCUGCGUACAAAAAAUCUAAUAUAUAUUUUCUGGGAAUCAUUUUCCAAGUAUUUGUAAAAUGCAACAUUUUAAGAUUAAUGCAGGAUUUUAACAUUUUUAGUUUAUAGUUUCUGAACAUUCCCUGAAAAGAAAAUUUUAACACUUAGUAUUAAUAUCUAAUAUCUUCUUCGGCUGCGGUGAAUAUUGCACUUUGCCAAUGGGCUCAUGCUGUUGAUAGCUUUAAACGUUCAGGUUUUUCUUAAUCCUAGAUCUUAAACAAUUCUAAUGUGUCUAUCUGCUGCAACACUCUUAACAUCAGCGCCAUUUUCCAUAGCACAGCAUGGAUUUUUUUAGUCCCCAUUUUUAUCCUUUCAAGUAUAAAUAUCAACCUGCAGAAAAAGUAGUACAUACCAUGUGAUGAUAACAGACCUCAAACCAAAAACAAAAAAAGAGAAAAAAACAUGCUGAAAUCCAUUAAGGGGCAUUUUCAUAUUAUACUAAAAUAAAUGAAAAUCAGAAGCUGCCUGGAGGGUAGAAGAUCCACUACUCAAUCUUAAAUCCCACAGUUUGCUGUGGAAAAUGGUCAACAGUGAUGUUAAGUACAUCAGGUUUGUAGCUGGUGGGCUAAAACAGACAAAACCUCCAGCAGGGUCCCCGGGGGAAUUCUGAUCUGAUACUGGAGAGAAGAAGCUCGAGUUGUUUUAAGUUGCCUUAAGAUCUGAAUCUGAAUCUAUCUGGGGUCAAGAUUUAGUAUUUUUAAUUGUACACCUUAACAGAAACAUUUGGUCAGGAUCAUUGGGGGGCGGGGUAUUUUAGCCUAUUUGCCUUCAUCAGACUGAUCCUGGAAAUAUUAGAUCCUGAAUGAGUGAACCAAAGAUAUGUAGAAGUAUUGUUAUGUAAUUCAGAAGAAAGUUUAAUUUGCUCAGUGGAUCUUUACUAACUCCAUUGAGCCUCAAGGUUCAUGUAAAUAUAAAUUUUCCAGAAAAUAGAGAGUAAACACAACUUUUAAAAGACUUUUUCAUGAGCACCAUACACCAACAUGGACUCACUGUACUUCAUACCCUGUCUUUGUUUAUGUUUUAAUAUGGUUUAUACAAAAGAGUGAUGAUAAUAAAGAUCUUUUAUCUAAUUGCGUUAUCUGAACUA